CCUUCACAAAAAAUGGCGUUCUCACUCCAGCUCCAUCAAAUCUUCCUUUCGCACACUAGAUUUUGCUCCCAACCAAAAUCAAUAACUAAUCCUCUAAUCUCACUCAAAUUACCGUCGAUUCAUCCACUCGCCGUUGCUCAAAACGCCGCCAUUAGCAACAUUGACAGUACUGGUGUCGCCGCCAUUGACGGUUCAGCUGAGGAAGUACUUUUACCUCCACAGCUCAGGCGAGAACUGAUGCCGAAACAUGUUGCAGUGAUAAUGGACGGGAAUAGAAGGUGGGCUAAAAUGAGAGGAUUGCCAGUUGCCUUAGGUUAUGAAGCGGGUAUUCGAGCUGUUAGGAAUCUUAUUGAGCUGUGUGGAAAUUGGGGAAUUAGGGUUCUUACUUUGUUUGCAUUUUCCUCUGAUAAUUGGUUACGUCCUAAAGUGGAAGUUGAUAUUUUGAUGAGCUUAUUCGAAAGAGCACUGAAUGAUGAACUUGAAAAUUUUGCCAGAGCAGGGAUUCAAAUAUCUAUAAUUGGAGACUCCAGUAAGCUCCCCAAGUCAUUGCAGGACUUAAUAGAUAAAGCUGUAAAGACUACUAAGGAAAAUUCACGACUUCACCUCGUUGUUGCAGUUAACUAUAGUGGACAGCAUGAUGUUGUACAAGCUUGUCAGACCAUUGCUCAAAAAGUGAAGGAUGGCAUUAUCGAAACCAAAGACAUUAAUAGUUUCCUAAUAGAGCAGGAAUUACAAACAAACUGUAUCGAUUUCCCUUGCCCUGAUUUGCUUAUAAGGACUAGUGGGGAGCUAAGGCUUAGCAAUUUCUUACUCUGGCAGUUGGCUUAUGCUGAACUGUUCUUUUCACAUUCACAUUGGCCUGAUUUUGGAGAAGCUGAAUUUAUGGAGGCUUUGUCUUCAUUUCAACAAAGGCAGAGGCGCUACGGUAGACAGAGCUCCUAGCUUUAUGCCAUGAACUUUUGGAUUAAUUGUGAGGCUGAGAAAACCUUAUUGAGAUCAUUGAAGGUGAGUUCUUAUGAGAAACAAGUCUGAGGUACUUAAGAGCGAUGUUGUCUGAUCCUUUUUGGAGGAUCCAAUGCAGGUGCAGCGCGCAGCAUUGGGUAACCCUUGUCUCAUGAUCCUGCAAAUGGACAGCUGUGAGACAUUUCAUCUAAUAGCCAAUUAGAGCGAGCUCUACCUUGUCUCCAACUAGCACACGAGGCAAGAUCGAUGACUUGUUGCUAAGGUGGUAUAUACGGUAUCUCAGACACCUGACCACGAAUCAUCUGGGAUGGUCACAAACAACUGGUAUAGACUGGAAAUGAGGGAAGAUAAGUGACUCGUGGUGCGCGUUUGAUUAUUGUAAAUCGUGAUUGCAGUCUUCACAAUAUCGGCAUAUCAUCUUUUCUUUGUUUGUCUAAUUUCCUUUUACAUUGCCUCAACUUGCUGAAAGUUGCAAUUACAUGAUGCCGCUAUGAUGCAUUUGAAUUCGUAGUUUGAGCAAGUGAUACAUGUAAUGAUGCAUAUAGUUUAAUGAUGGUUCGAUUUGGAUCUGUUUUUCCUUAAAAAGGAAAUCAAACCGAACCAA